UAUGAUGCGUGAUAUUAAAGCCAGACAAAUAUGGUUGAGUGCAGGGUGGGUAUCUCUAUUUCAAAACGCAGAAUCUGCACCUGCUUCUUCACUAUAUAUACACAUACAUACAUACAUACCACCAACUCAUAACUCAUUCAUACUUCAUUCUCUCUUGGGUUUUCUAAAUGGCUUUGCCGAAUCAGCAAACCGUUGAUUACCCGAGCUUUAAACUUGUUAUUGUUGGCGAUGGUGGAACUGGAAAAACUACAUUUGUGAAGAGGCAUUUAACCGGAGAAUUCGAGAAGAAAUACGAACCAACAAUCGGUGUGGAGGUUCACCCCUUAGAUUUCUUCACUAACUGUGGCAAGAUUCGGUUUUACUGCUGGGAUACAGCCGGGCAAGAGAAAUUUGGCGGUCUUAGAGAUGGAUAUUAUAUUCAUGGUCAAUGUGCUAUCAUCAUGUUUGAUGUAACUGCUAGAUUGACUUACAAGAAUGUUCCGACGUGGCAUCGUGACCUAUGCAGGGUAUGCGAGAAUAUCCCGAUUGUACUAUGUGGAAACAAGGUUGAUGUGAAAAACCGUCAAGUGAAAGCGAAACAAGUUACAUUUCACAGAAAGAAAAACUUGCAGUAUUAUGAGAUAUCCGCAAAGAGUAAUUACAACUUUGAGAAGCCGUUCCUCUACUUAGCUCGGAAACUUGCAGGGGAUGCAAACUUGCACUUUGUUGAGUCUCCUGCACUUGCUCCACCGGAAGUUCAAAUCGAUAUAGUUGCUCAACAGCAGCAUGAAGCUGAGCUUGCACAAGCUGCAAACCAACCCCUUCCAGAUGAUGAUGAUGAUGCUUUUGAAUAGAGGAAAAAUGGCUACUUUGGUUUAAAAAAAUAUAUAUGACUAAGUUAAGUGUGUUUAAAGAAUAUUUAUUUGACAUUUGUUACUGUCAAAAGUGUUUGGUUAUAAUAAUUAUUUCUCAUAGAUCUUUAUCGAUAAA